UCAUUUCAGUUGUGACUUGUGACGAUUUCCAGAAGUGCUCGUCAAUUAUAUUGAAAUAACGUUUAAGAUUAAAUAUUUAUACAAUAUUGUAGAAAAAUUAUAAAAUGGAGGUGAUAGUCGCAAACGUAGAUCAUAUUAAAUUUGAUAUAGAUUACGCAUUAGAACAACAGUAUGGAGCGUUGCCGCUUCCCUUUCCUGGGAUGGAUAAAUCAACAGCAGCUGUUUGCGAAUUCUUUAGUCAACCUGGUGGGUGUAACAAUGGACCUCAGUGCCCCUAUAGACAUGUCAGAGGCGAUCGAACAGUUGUUUGUAAACAUUGGCUUCGUGGCUUGUGCAAGAAAGGAGACCAGUGUGAAUUUCUACAUGAAUAUGACAUGACCAAAAUGCCUGAAUGUUAUUUCUAUGCAAGGUUCAAUGCUUGCCACAAUAAAGAGUGUCCCUUCUUACACAUAGACCCAGAAAGUAAAAUUAAAGACUGUCCUUGGUAUGACCGAGGCUUUUGCCGGCAUGGCCCCCACUGUCGACACAGACAUGUCAGAAGAGUGUUGUGCAUAAACUAUUUAGCUGGAUUCUGUCCUGAUGGACCAAGCUGCAAGUAUAUGCACCCGAGGUUUGAGCUGCCUGCUCCACCAGAACAAACGAAGGAUCAAAAGCGUCUACCUAUUUGUCAUUACUGCUCAGAAGUCGGUCAUAAAGCUUCAUCCUGCAACAAGAUACCUCCAGAUCAAAGAGAGGUUGCUCAAAAACAAGAGGAAGCAAGAUAUAGAGCAUUAGGCUAUGUAAAACCUGCAAAUGAUAAUGAUGAAAUGCAACGAUUGCAAAGAAUGAUGCAUAAACCUCUGGAAGAAGUUACCUGUUUCAAAUGUGGCACUAAAGGUCAUUAUGCAAAUAAAUGCCCCAAAGGUCACCUUGCUUUCUUGUCAAAUCAAACCGGACAGAACAACUCUAACAAUAUGUUCAAAAAACCUAACUAGUAUAAGUAUGUGAGGCCACAUUAAGUGACUUCAGCUGACUCAUGAUGAACUGUGCUUAAAAGUUAGGUAAAAAGACAUCUUUAACGAAAAUCAGUGUUGUGUUUUGAAAAGACAAACUCAUGAACAACAGAGGUGUUGAAAUCGGAGUAAUAUUGUUACUGUUAGUACUUUAUUUGUCAACUAGUCGUACUAUUAUUCAGUUUUCCACCAUUUCUUAUAUGUUCUUGUUAUCUGCAGCACAAUGUAAGGUAGCCCUGUAAACAUGCUUAGAUAUUUACUUCUUUUUGGCUUGUGGAAAACUAACAAUAAUAAAUUUCAAUAUUUAAUUUUUUAAACUUUUUUAUAAGUGUAAAGUUAACACUUUGAGGGUUACAACACAGUUACAAUACACAGGUAUACUAGACAUCUUAGCU